AUGGCUGCCGGUUCUCCCUUCAACUGGCUCUGGUCCCCCUCUGGCAUGACGGUAGGCGUAGCCGCCAUUGCCGCGCUUGCGACUCUGCUGGCUUUCAUCGCCAGCUGCGUGCGAGCCUACCGUCGUCUAGCUCACGUCCCCGGACCCAAGUGGAUGGGCGUCACGAAUCUCAUCAUGGCCAGGAAAAUGUACGGAGGCAAUAUGCACUAUGACCUGCUCGAGCUCAAGAACAAGUACGGCCCCAUUGUCCGUACCGGACCCAACAUGGUAAUUGUGAGCGACCCAAACGUCAUCCGCAUGAUGUCCGCCGCUCGAAGUGAAUACGCUCGCGGGCCGUACUACAAGGCGGUCCGCAUCAACCCGCACGUCGACAACAUAUUCUCGAUGACGGACGACAGGCUGCACAAAAUGCUCAAGAGCAAGAUGGGUCCCGGGUACUCUGGACGAGAAAUGGGCGGAUUCGAGCCCGGCAUCGACAAGCACGUGUCCUCGUUUGUCGACCUCAUUGAGCGCAAGUACAUCUCGACGCCCGGCGAGUACCGGCCCAUGGACCUCGCCAUCAAGUGCAACUACUUCGCCCUCGAUGUCAUCAGUGAGCUCGGCUUCGGCGCUGCCUUUGGCUUCCUGAAGGAGGACCGCGACCUGUAUCAGUACAACGAAAUCACGCGCCAGUUCUUCCCUUUUGUCAUGUUCAUGAGCAACGUCCCUUUUCUGCUGUCUAUGCUUGGCAGAUGGCCACUCAGUUCCAUGGGACCGACGGCCGGGGACGCAGCCGGAUUCGGACGACUGAUGCAAUUCGCGGCCAGUUUUGUUGACAGCAGGCUAACCCCCGGAUCGAAACCAGGCAGCGACAUGAUCCAGGCUUUUAUCGACAGCGGCCUGACCCGUGACGAGCUUAUGCAAGAAGUAUUUGUUGAAACGGUUGCCGGUUCCGACACGACAGCUACGGCAGUGCGAUCGACGAUGCUAUGUCUGCUGGGCAACCCGGUGGCUCUUGCAAGGCUUCGCAAGGAAAUCGAUGAGGGCAUCGCAACGGGCACCAUUUCGUCGCCCAUCAAAGACAAUGAGGCGCGUCAGAUGCCGUACCUACAGGCCGUCAUCCGCGAGGGCAUCCGCAUGUUCCCGCCGGCAACAGGGGUUCUUUCCAAGGAGGUGCCCGCCGGCGGCGACAACAUCCUGGGAUACGACAUGCCGGCGGGCGUGCAAGUUGGGCACAACAUCUGCGGCUUACUGCGCAUGCCGGAGCUAUUCGGGGCCGAUGCCGAGGUUUUCCGACCCGAGCGCUGGCUCGAGGCCGAGGGUGAGCCGGAGAGGCUCAAGGAGAUGAUUGGAGGGGUCGAGUUGGUGUUUGGGUAUGGAAAGUUCCAGUGCCUGGGCAGGACGAUUGCACAGAUGGAGUUGAACAAGAUUUUUGUCGAGCUGCUACGGCGGUUCGACUUCCACAUCGUCCACGUCGACAGGCCGAUGCGCCUGCUCAGCGCCGCGAUGUUGAUCAUGGAUGACUUUUGGGUUCGGGUCUCGCAGCGUGCCGAUUCAUUAUUAUGCUGA